AUGUCGUCUCCAGGUUACAACACAAGCAUCUUAUGCAAAUAUCUUCUGAUCAUAGGAUUGGUCUCAAUCUUCUUCAUCCUCUUCUUAUUCAACUUAACCUACAUCAGUUCACAAUAUGUCGAUAGUAACAUAUUCACCAUAAAAUGUGAAGAGGGGCCUAAGGAGACAACCACGAACUUGAGCCACUUGAUGUUUGUGUUGGUGGGUAGCUCACGUGCGUGGAAGCAUCGAAGAACUUAUAUAGAAUCAUGGUGGAGACCUAACGUGACACGUGGUAAUCUCUUCUUAGACGUGGAGCCGUCGAAAGAGUUCCGGCCUUGGUCUCCGACCUUCCCGCCGUAUAAAGUCAACGAAGACCUCAGGAAACUCAGAAUCUACCCAAAGUUAGCAAACCGAGUUCACAUUCGUAUCUAUAGAUCUAUUCUCGAGACUUACAGGCUCAAACAAGACGAUGGUGUGCGAUGGUAUGUAAUGGGUGAUGAUGAUAGUCUUUUCUUCGUAGACAACAUAGUGGAUGUGUUGUCAAAAUAUGACCACACGGAAAAACAUUACAUCGGAAUGUUUUCAGAGUCGACAAAAUCAAAUUUUCGCAUUGCAUUUGAAAUGGCAUACGGAGGUGGAGGAUAUGCUCUAAGCUAUCCUCUAGUCGAGGCUUUGGUGGCAAAGCUAGAUGAAUGUAUUGAAAAGUAUCAUUUCAUUUGGGCAGGAGAUCGAUUACAGAGUUAUUGCUUGGCUGAUCUUGGUGCUGAUCUCAUCCCGGAGAAAGGGUUUCAUCAGAUGGAUCUACGAGGUGACUUGUCGGGUUUGCUCUCGUCACACCCGACGGCUCCUCUUCUCAGCCUCCACCACUUCGAUACCGUCUCACCACUCUUCCCUGGCAUGGACCGUCCAGGCUCAGUCCUUCACAUCAUGAAAGCGGCCAACGUGGACCAAUCACGGAUGCUACAACAGUCGAUCUGCCACGUCAGAGCAAGUAACUGGACCUUCUCGGUCUCGUGGGGAUACUCUGCUCAUGUCUAUGAGAAUAUAUUCCCACGAAGCUACUUGAAGUUUCCCAUCGAGACGUUCCGUCCCUGGCUCCGAGGAUCGUUUCCUUUUUACAUGUUUAACACGAGACGAGUGUCUCGAGAUCCAUGUCAAGCUCCUCACUGGUUCUUCUUCGAUUCGAUUAAACAAGAGAACGGAGGAGUUGUUACUUCUUACACAAGGAAUUUUAUUAGAAACAUGACUUCUUGUUCCUUCUCUGGUAAUAUUUCUGCUGAUCAUCUUGCUUCCAUCCGAGUAUUCUCUCCCUUAACUCCCAAAGAGGGGGGAAAAGUGGAAUGUUGUGACGUGGAAUACGAAGGUGCAUAUGUUGCAGACGUAAGGCUUCGAGAUUGUAGGAGAGACGAAAUGAUCAGCUAA